GGGAUAAAAGUUGAAAUUUGUAAGGCGGACGGUGAUUGGUCAGCUUUAGUUUCGUUUCCCGCCAUUUUUGUGGCCGCCAUCUUUGUAAUCUGGAAGGUGUGAACGCGAUGUCUGAGCAGAGCGAAAACGGGUCCUCUGACUCUCCUACUGAGGAGGCAACACCAACAUCAAGUCCUCAGAAGAGUCCACAGAAGGCAGCUACGCCCAAGAAAGAAACACCUAAGAAAGAAACGCCCAAGAAAGAAACACCCAAGAAGGAAAAACCCAAGGAGGAACAACCCAAUGAGGAGGAUGAAGAUGAUGAAAGUAGUGAUGAGGAAUUAGUUGGCCUUUUAGAGAAGGACCCUGUGGUGGAAGGGAAGAGACAACGGAAGAAAACAGAACGUCUUGAGGUGGAGGUCAUCACCACCCCAAAGGAAGAGUUCAGGAUUCCAGAGGGCAAGGGGACCAAACUGGGUGAAAUUGAGAGAGUUGAAUGGCAGCUACAGCGGAACAAGUCAGAGGACCUGAAGCCACUGCACAGAAUUUUGUUUAACAAGGGUGGAGCAGCAACUGUGAUCAAGAGACACAUACGUCAGUUCAGUGGCUUUGAUUUCGAGAAAGAUUCCAAGGAGUAUGAGAAGAAGAAGGAACAGAUUUUGAGGUACACUGUUGCAGCCUUGAAGUACUUUUGUGACACGUUAGACAUUGAGAAGAAAGGCAACAGGGAUGAGUUGGUGGAAAAGCUCAUGGAAUUUCUGAUGGAACCGGUAUCAUCCGGAAAGGCCAUCCCACAGCCUAAGAAGAAAAGAGGCAGGAAGAAGAAAGGAGAGGGCAAAGCUGACAAAGAGGAAGGGGGUAAAAAGAAGAGGAGAAAACAGAAGGCGAAAUCUGACGAGGAAGUGGAGAAUGACGAUGAUGACUCAAGUGACGAGGAGGAAGAAGAGGAAGAGAAGCCCAAGAAGAGAAAGGCAGAUGUCCCCAAGAAGGCUCCAAAAAAGACACCCAAGAAGACACCAAAGAAACAACUGAAGGUGAAAAUGCAGAAGCCAACACCCAAGAAGAAACCAGCUGUGGAGAUCAGUUCAGAUGACGACGAAUCGGAUGAUGAACCCUUGGCCAAGAAAAUCAAGAAACCUCCCACGAAUGCUGAGCUCAAAGAUGUUGUGAAGAAGAUACUGGAAGGGGCCAACUUGGAGGAGAUAACCAUGAAGUCUGUCUGCAAACAGGUGUACGAGAAGUAUCCAGACUUUGACUUGACAGACAGGAAAGAUUUCAUCAAGACUACUGUCAAAUCGAUCAUCUCCUGAGGAAAAUACUGCAACAAAUGGAAGGAAAAGGGGACCCUGUAACUUAGCCUGAGAUAUGACCAAGGACAUAUUUUUAAACUCCAAUUUCUUCAUCAAUGUAGAUCAUGCCGCGUGACAGUAGAGUAAUUUUUCCGUUUUUAUUGUUAUUUUGAUAAACUAUUUAGAUAACAAUGUUUUUAGCACCAGAAGUAUUUUCUUCUAGAUUGUCUUCAUCUGUCUUAAUAAUUGGCCGCUAUAAAUAGUAUUGCAAUCAGGUCAAGGAAAUUGGAUAAUAGAACAAAUGUGGUGAGAGAUUAGUGCCAAGAAUUCCAAUACAAACUGUAGUCUACCUGUGUAUGUGUCGUCUUGUGCUUGUAGUAUACGUACAGUGUGGCCUAUUAAACCAUUUUUACCAAUUUGUCA